AUGAGUGACCAAGAUGGAUUUGCUGUACCAAGCUUACCUGCAAAGCCCAAGUCAACUACAAACAAUCAACCUUCAGCUCCUCCUUUAAGGUAUGAAAAGCCUUCUUGGUCUUCAGAAGCCAUGUUUGACUACAAGAUUGAGAUGCUUAAAGGUGGAUUGAGUGUAGAAACUGUUGAAGGACCAAAGAAGGAAUUUGUCACGAUUGGAAGAUUACCGAUUUGCGAUAUUCAAAUGGAACAUCAAUCGAUAUCUCGUUAUCAUGCCGUGAUCCAAUUCAAUCAAGACGGAGACGCGUUCAUUUAUGAUCUCGAAAGUGCACACGGAACCAUACUCAAUAAGAAGCGAAUAAACCCAAGGGAAUAUAUGCCAUUGAAACCAGGAGAUCAACUCAGAUUUGGUGAAAGCACGCGUAUUUGUAUAUUUGAAUCACAAAAGCCAUAUGAUCCUGAGGCAGAGCUGGAGGAAAAAAGGAGAAUUGCCCUCGAACAGCGUAUUGCAAAGGCUAAAGAAGAAGCUGGUAUUGAACCAGAAGAUGAAGGCGCUACAUGGGGUUUUGGAGAAGAUGCAAUAGAGGAUGAAGAUGAAGAGGAAGAAGAACAAGAAAAAUCAGGCGAUGCUAGCUUAUUGAAUAUAGAAGCAGAAAAGAUGGCAUUUGAAGACGCAAAACGACGACGAGAAGAUCUAGAAACGAUGUAUGGUGAUGACAGUGAUGAAGAGUUUUAUGAUAGGACAUCCAAAAAGAAAAAGAAGGAAGAAAAGGCACAGACACACGAGGAAUUAGUAGCAAAGCAGAAACAAGUGAUGUUACAGAUUCAACAGCUGGAAAAGAAAAUUGAUGAAAAGACCAAGGAAGAAGAAGCGAAAAAAGAUAACGAAGAAGAGGACUUGGACAGUUAUAUGCAAAGAUUAGACAAGAAUAGAAACUCGAGUGAAAAGUCAUUAUUCAGUCUUAAAAAGGAACUGACUCAAUUGAAAAAGGAAAAUGAAAAACUAGUAAAAUUAGUUAAAUUCACAAAGCCAUCUGAUAUUCUAUCAUAA